AGAAGCCAUUAGUAAUUUACAAGUAUUUUAUUGACAUCAUGGGAAAAGUUGUACGUACCCAUAAAUGACAGCAUAAAGCAGAACCAAACAUCAGAAUAAAAUAAAAUAAACAAUUUUAGUUACCUGCACAACUCAUUUAUAUAACAGAUAAAUCUGCUCGAUUUCCACUUUCAGCCCAAACAAUUAGAUAUGCUUACAGCAGUGGGGCAGUCUGAAAAGAUAUUAUGUUAUAAAUUAAGGGUAAAGAGGCAGGAGAUCUCAACACUUGUGCAGUUGGCAUAGAGGCUUCCGCAUGGCCCCGGCUCUCACUCUCUCUACAUUUGUUGCUGCGCCUGCAAUUCCACCAUCUUCAUACUCAUCCUCUUUCUGCAAAUUCAAAACUCAAUUUCAAACAAGAAGCUCUAUUCAUCUAAUUGCAGGAAGACGAUGUUUAGCCAGUGAGAAACAGAACUGUGCAAAUGGCUCUGCUGUGGCUCUGCAUAAGGUCGUUGUCACCAGAGAAACAGGGAAGAACGAAAGAUUGAUGAAGUUGCUGGGGAACCAAGGGAUAUCUUGUUUGGAGCUUCCACUUGUUAAACACAUAGAAGGCCCUGACUUAAAGAGGCUUCCUAGCAUUCUUUGUGAUAAUAUGUUUGAUUGGAUUGUCAUAACAUCUCCAGAAGCAGCCUUGGUAUUUCUAGAAGCAUGGAAGGAGGCAGGUUUUCCAAAUGUCCAGGUUGCAGCAGUGGGCUCUGGCACUGCAAGUAUCUUUGAAAAUAUAGAAAAUUCAGACAAACUAAAUGUCGGUUUUAAGCCAUCAAAAGCAACUGGGAGAGUGUUGGCUAGAGAACUUCCAAAGUUACAAGAGAUGUGUACAGUACUCUAUCCAGCUUCCAUGAAGGCCAGUGAUGAAAUUGAACACACUUUAUCAGAUCGUGGAUUUCAAGUAACAAGAUUAAAUACAUACUCCACAGUACCCAUUCAUGAACUAGAUCAAGCACUGUUGGCAGAAGCAGUUUUAGUACCUGUUGUUGCAGUAGCAUCACCAUCUACUGUUAGGGCUUGGGCUAAAAUCAUAUCCAAUAUUAAGGGCUGGAAUGGCGCUGUUGCUUGCAUUGGAGAAACAUCUGCUUCUGCUGCAAGAGAAUCUGGCUUCCAGAAGAUUUAUUACCCAGAGAAUCCUGGGUUAGAAGGCAGGUGGGUGGAGAGCAUCAUGGAGGCAUUGAGAUCGCAAGAUUCACUUCAAAAGGUUUUGACCUACUGAUUUGCAAGCAUAUGGUUGAAAUUCUGUGGCUUGCUCACAUUUUCCAAAAGAUGCUAGUGGUGUUUUGUAAUCCGUUUUGUAAUCCUUCACACAUGAUGAGCAACUAGUUUAAAAUUAUCACUGUAGAUUUGUAACAUGGAACUCCUUUGUUUGAAACAUAUUGUAUCAAGAGUUGCAAGCAAAAGAAGUAUAUUUUGUGAGCAGAAGUAUUCUCAAAUCUAUAUUCUCAACUUGUUUGACCCUGGCUACUUAAUUCCUCAAGUGCAUGCUUUUUGCAUGAGGAAUACUUUCAGGCAUAAUGGGAUCACACGUGAACCUCUUGUAGAUAUUGUAUCUUACAUACUUGGAGGCUAUGGUAAUAUAAUAUUUUUCCUUUGCUCAAA